GACGGCAAUAAAUUUAGGGAAUAUGCUUCCCUGAUGCGUUCCAUCGUCUCGUUUCAAAACAUGGCGGCAAAGGAUUUGACAGUUACAGAGGAAUGGAUACGUGAGAAACUACAAUUACACCACAAAGUUUUAGCUGAUGUCCGAACACUGUGCCUGCCUGGUAACAUCGAGGGGAAAAUAAGUAAUUUAGGAAUAUCGCUGAAGAAGUUCGUGCGAUUGAAGACAUUAGACUUGUCUUACAAUGCGCUUGUCUCGGUGUCAGGUCUUGAGCACCUGAAAGUGCUGGAAAGGCUGAAUUUGUACUUCAACAAGAUAUCAGCCUUUCAAGAGGUCAUGACCCUGUCCAAACUGAAGAGCCUAAGAGAGCUGGACCUGAGACUCAACCCUCUGGUCAAGAAGCACCCAGAAUACCGCCUGCACUUGGUGCAUGCACUCUGCCAAUUGCGGAAACUUGAUGACUGCCCAGUAAGGGAUCGAGAGCGUAAAGCUGCCAUCAUGCAUUUCACCUCUGAUGUGGAGCUGGAGCACAAGCAGAAAACCAGUUGCAUCAACAGCCUCUCAGACCAAAGGAGCAGUGAUCUGAGAAUGGCAGCAUUUUACAGGCUGACCAAAAGUCUGGCUCUGCCGGAUGGCAAUGAGGAGGCUGCAGUGAACCACAUCAACCGCAGGAACCGGGCUCAGGCGACGACUCAGCCAGACGCACAGACAGAACCGCAGUCUUCUCUGGCGCAGGAAAUACCUGAUGAAGUCAUAUACUUGGUCAAUGAUUAUGAUUCUGACUCCUUCCUUCAAACACAGGAUGGUGUAAAGCCAGCCUUCAGACAUGCACAGUGUGUUGAUGCCUCUCGUGUCCAGCCAAGCAUUCAGCCAUGCAGAAAAGGGUCUCUGACCAAUGGUGGACCUUUAGGGCUUGCCAGUAACAGACCUAGAGUGACUUUUGCAGACGGCUAUGUCAAGGGAUCCCACAGCAUACACCCAGCGCCGGCUACCCAUGGGACGAAGCCGUCGCAGCUCCGAAUCCCAGCUACGGCAGUGUUCACACCGGACCCCAGAAUCACCUUGCCUUCUAGAAACGUCUAUGUAGGAGAUGGUCAGCUGGCCUCCACACAGCAUGCAUCCCCACCCAGUCCUGCGAGGCAGAGCAGUCUGGACGUUGGCGACCUCUCUCCCCAGGCACAACGCCUGUCCAGCAGGAGGGCGGAGGACGAGGCCUGCCCUGAGCAAGAGGCCGCCAGACCACAGAGGGGUAGAUACAGGAAGCCCCUUGACCUGCUGCUCAGCAUGGUGCACGAGCACUGGACCACUGGCAAUAGUGACCCACAACACUAUAAGACAUUCUUCACGCGGGCCGUGCAGGUGCUGUCCCUGAUGGAGCGGGAGCUGGCGGGCAGGGACAAGGAGGCGCAGACUCUCAGAGAGGAGGUGCAGGCCCUUAAUGCCCAGGCUGUGGCUCGGGAGGAAAGGCACAGAUUUGAGAUUCAGGAGCUCUCCAUCCAGCUAGAGAAAGCACACAACUCCGUUGAGAGCCUCGAUGAGCAGCUGAGGAAUGUGUUGGAGGAGAACGUGUGUCUGCAGAAACAGCUCAUAAACCUCGAGCAGAGCAUCUUAUCAUCCAGAAUUACCAAAUUAACCAGCGCCAGCGAUAACGGCUGUUGAUGGCCUCUCCUGUGCAUCUCUGAGAGGCUGAAGCAGAAGUCACCCUCCUGCCUGACUGCAGAAACUCACAUUGUGACCUUUAAACCCACAAGUGCCUUUAUGUUUCCAAUGUGCUAGAAGGAAAUUGCAUGUUCAAAACUGGAUUGCAUGUGGUCUAUGGGAUAAGGACUGAUGAGUUAUGAACUUGUCUUCUGUGUUGAUGCUGUGAGUCAGUUAAGUUCUCAUAGACAACUGUAGUGCAAUGGAAUAUUUAUUGGUAUUUAUUUUCUGAGAGGUGGUUAUGUAAUGGAUGAUCUUUUGUAGCUUUCCUUUAUUUUUUGCCCUUUUAAAUUGUACUGGAUGAGACCACCACCAACCUGGCAUGGCUUUGAUUCAGGUGAUGGGGUUGGGGGUAUCCUCAUUAAGCCCUGUCAUGGUGUUUUAAGCACAUAUGGAUUGCAGACUUUAAUGGAUGUUAACACUUGACCCAGUGGGGUAUUUUGAAUAUACAAGUAAUACUUU